CAGAUUAGGUUAGAUACAUCGUGGAGUGAUUCAACCCUUCGCUGACUCCGCACGAGCGGCAGUCGCGUAAAAAUUUCAGUAUUACGAAGACAUACCUUCAACUGUCACAAGUUCAUUUCGAAAUUACAUCAUGCGUGAUUUCGGCGUGAACGCGUGAGUGCAAAGUAAAAGGAACGUGGAGCGUUCGUCUUGCGAUAACGCGGUUAUGUCGCACGUAAGAUUCAUGUUAAUCAGCCAGCGGUGACAUUCGAGAAUCUUCAGACAGAAAAUCGGAAGAAAUGUCAUCCGAAAAGUCAUCCGAAAAGCCAUGUCGCGCCUGCAUGGACUUCCGGACGUGGGCGAAACGUCAAAAGGAGGUCUAUAAUUCGGAGAAGGGAUUACAGAAGAAGCAGGACCAGGCACCAAUUACUAGAAAUAGUGGUACUCAAGAGUGUCCCUUAGAUAAAGAUGAGUUAGGUUCGAAGACUUGGGCUUUUUUACAUACCAUGGCGGCAUAUUAUCCAAAUAACCCGAGCCAGCAACAAAAAGCUGACAUGAACAGCUUCUUUCACACAUUUUCCAGAUUUUAUCCUUGUAACGCAUGUGCGGAAGACAUGCAAGAGCAGCUGCGGCAUUCACCACCAGAGACUAGUUCACAAGAAAAACUGACUCAGUGGCUGUGCCGAAUUCAUAACGAAGUUAAUAAGAAGCUCGGGAAACCAGAAUUUGAUUGUAAAUUAGUGAAUCAAAGGUGGAGGGACGGUUGGCAGGAUGGCUCUUGUGAUUGAUAAAUAGAUAAUAAUAGUUUCAGAAUGUAUAAUGGGACCUGAAUACAAAUAUGAAUUAUUGUAAAUAAUUAUAAAUCUUUUCAUUAAACAUUCUGCUACUCUUA